CACAAAGUGAAUUAUUCCAACUUUCAUUCUCCUGCUAUCUAUCUUUCACUGAUUUUCCCUCUCUAAUUCCAUCCUCGGAGUCUGCAUCCACUCAAAGGGGUGCCGGCUUGGUACGAGUUCGUAUCAAAGCUCCUCUCCUACUCCGACGGGACAGCUAUCGCAUACAUCUAUCUAUACUAUAAUCUUUUCUUUUCUUGCACGUCCUUUCAUUCUGUAGCUGCGAUAUAGUUGCUUUCCUUUCUUCUUCAUCGCCUCCUGAAACGUUGCCGUCGUCGCCGUUGGAGAUGUCGUACGAUUACUUGUUCAAAUACAUAAUCAUCGGAGACACCGGGGUUGGAAAAUCAUGCCUGCUACUGCAAUUCACUGACAAGAGGUUCCAUCCGGUGCAUGAUGUCACUAUCGGAGUUGAGUUUGGGACUCGCAUGGUCACCAUUGAUGGCCGCCCCAUUAAGCUUCAAAUUUGGGACACUGCUGGACAAGAAGCCUUCAGAUCUAUCACCAGAUCAUACUACAGAGGAGCUGCAGGUGCUCUACUGGUGUAUGACAUAACCAGGAGAGAGACUUUCAAUCAUCUUGCAAGCUGGCUGGAAGAUGCUCGGCAGCAUGCAAAUGCAAAUAUGACUAUCAUGCUUGUAGGAAACAAGAGUGAUCUUGCUCACCGAAGAGCUGUAAGUAAAGAGGAGGGUGAGCAAUUUGCAAAAGAAAAUGGGCUUUUGUUUUUGGAGGCAUCAGCUAGAACUGCCCAAAAUGUUGAGGAGGGCUUCAUAAGGACUGCUUCAAAGGUACUUCAGAAAAUUCAGGAAGGUGUUUUUGAUGUGUGCAAUGAGUCAUCUGGCAUCAAGGUUGGGUAUGGCCGACCUCAAGGAGCUAGUGGUGGUAGGGAUGGAGCAGUUUCACAGAGAGGUGGAUGUUGCAGCUGAUUUGCUAGUCUUAUCAAUUGUGUUGCAGCAUCUUUUGUGGAGUGUUAUUCAGACUGAUUAUAAUUCUGGUCUCAGCUCAAUUUUAGUUCUUUCAAGUUAUACUGUAUACAGUACCAGACUCUUCGACAUGUCAUUGUUUAUUAUUACAGAGACCUAUACUUGUAUUGUAUAGUACCAUUUAAUUGUGUGUCUUCUCUAUAGUCUCUUUACCUAUUUCUGAUAUGUUCUCUA